UUCUAAGAUGGCGGAUGCAAGUGAAUGAUCCAUGUGCUAGCCUAAAUCAGCUGUUCAAGUCAUGUCAUUGCAGAGGUUUACAUCUUUUUGUCACGCAAGAACGUUUUUUGUCUUAAAUACACGGCUCAGUGUUCGUCUUUGUUCGUCAAAGAUUUCUAAAAAUCUUAAAUCGGCCAAACUUUACGAACCUCGAGAUGUAGUUCACAACUAUUACAAUUUUUAUGCUGCGAAGGAAAGAUUCUUCAAACCUUCAGUUCGAUGUAUUAGCACUGCUUACCAUCUUCUUCGAGAGAGCAGUAUAUCGACUGGCGAAAAAACAAGUGCCACUGUAAAGGACGAAGCGACCAUCAUUUCCCAACUAAAUUCAGAAUUUUACGAGGAAGAAGCUGAUAUUCCAAACAGGCAACCGAAGCCUCGUGCAACCGUUGUACAGUACAAACUAGAUCAAAAUGGUUUUAUGAAGGUCCAAGAUCUAGUAGACUUCCUUAAAAAAGAGAGUGCAGUAGACAUUUGUGUGAUAAAAACAAGAGGAAUUAGGCAAAAUUACGUGGAUUACUUCGUUGUUGUCAGCGGUGUCUCUACAAGACAUAUCAGGGCUAUGGCGAAAAAUCUGGAACUACUGGUAGGUUGAUAUUAUAUGUUAUUAACUGUUAUAAUAUAUGUUAUAAACAAGGGGUACUACAGACUGGGCAUAGCUGGAAACCUCAUUCCUAGGGUUGUCUGUCUUCCUCCAUUAUGGGGCAAUCUUGAUACCUGAACCAGUAAGGAAGUAAAAUGACUCUAUGAAAAAGGCUGGAACAGCUGAAGCUAGGCUCUUGUAAGCAGACACCCUCAUGACAAGGAAAGGGAGUUUGUAACUGAAGCCUGUUUGAGAAUUAUUACCUUAAACAGCUCUGGAGGUGAAAUUAGUCUUUAAUGUUGAUAAUGUAUUUUAUUGUGAGUCUGACUAUUACAGUUCAAAGGAAAAAUGUUACCUGGCAUUGGAAAAGGUGGGCAUCCUGUGGUAGAGGGAAUGGAGAGUAACCAUUGGGUGGCACUAGAUAUAGGUAAGAAUGGUCAUGCUGUGUUCAUCGCUAAAACUUCGAAUUUGAGAGUAGCAGACUUUUUCAGCUCUUGUUAUGGGGCAAGCUGACAACUUGUUCAGAUUUCAGCUGCUUAUAUUAUUCUUUUCAUCUCUAGAUGUGAUAUAAAUACCUUUUUCACUCCUCUGCUACUAUUGCACCUUUAUGCAUCUAUCAGUUUGAAGUAUCAGUUACCCCCUGGAAACGCCUCAAGCAUUUGCAGAUUGGCUCAUGCAAACCCCCCCUCCUGGGCAAAAAUUGCUUUCAAAUGCCCCACCCACUAUUGAGUGAUUCUUUGUGUUAUCAAUGAAUGUUGUAGAACUUAGCAAAGUCACAUAUUGGUUUUUGGUGCUGCUGUUGGGUUUUUUGCUGGUAAGCAUUGUACUCUGGUGUAGAAAUUUCUUUCUAAGCCAUUUUAUCACCAAAGAAGAUUCUUAACCUUGAACUCCUCCAUUAAAAGAUGUGCACUACACUGGAAAGUCUUGACACUUUUGGUUGAAAUGUCCCACCUGGGCAAGGUUCAAAUUCCCUGCCCCCCCGGGCACAGACAACAGUAAAAUACCCAUGAGUUGCCAGAAGGGGGGGGGCAAGUUUAAGUUUUGAUUAGAUUGGCACAUUACUAUCAUGCUCUCUUUUACCUACUGAAUGUUUGGAAGAUGUUAAACCCCAUGGCCAUGGUGAAUGGAAUUUUCUAACAUUUGCUUUUAUUUUGCAGGUAACAUCGUUGUGCAUUUCUUUCUUCCUGAAGUUCGUGAGGUGUAUGAACUGGAGAAGCUUUGGACUCUAGGGCCAGAGUAUGAUGACCAAUCAAGGGCCUUUUUGGAGGAAGAGAGAUUUCGUCAGGCAACUGAGUAUGGUAUAAAACUUGACAAACCAGUCAGUGAUGAGCUUGGUGAGGAUGGUCCUGUUGUUGAAGAGCUUGGCAUAGAUGAUCCACGUCGCUACUGAGCAUAACUUAAGUGACGAAACCAUGGGAGGGUAACAUAGUUUGAUGUAAGCCUCAUACGCUUCCCAAAUGAAUUACAUUUGCUACGUAUGUUUCCUACCUUGAGUAUAAAAUUGGUAAACCUAUGGAAAGAAACUGUCAAAUCUUUGAGAAGCCCCUUUGGGAUCUCACUGCACCCCUUUCACAUUGGCAAGAAGUCAGAGGUCUGAGCAGAUCUUAACCAAAUUAUAGAGAUGUUGCAAUGUUGCACCUCAUUUGGUUGUCAGGCAAAGGAAGCUCGAAUGGAGAAUUGUGGUGGGUGGAGGGGAUGCCCUUUCAUAUCCCCCUUCUCCUUCUACUUACAGGUGCAUACAUUUCACCCAUACCUGGUAGCACUUGUGGUGAACGAGCAGAAGAAUGAAAUACACAGAAAUGUAUACUUUCAGAAAAAUUUUAAAAAAAUCACAUGUGAUACAGUUUUCUGCAGUUUAUUUGAAGUUCUCCAUUUAAGAGGUGCUAGUUUGUAGUAAAUAAUGUUACAGUUUGGAAAGUUCUCUUGAAACUUAAGUAGAUUAUCAGUUAGUCAUGAAAUAGUUAUAUAGACUAAAAUUCAGCAAUAUAUAGUAUUUCUUAGUUUGAAUAGUAUCUCUAUAUGACACAUACUUGAAAAUUGCCAAUAGAAUUAAUGGAACUGCUUUGAUAUAGUGAUAUAGUGGAAAUGUAGUUAUACUGAUUAAAUUAUUGGCUUAAGGUGCAGUAUUCGUAAUUGUUGGAUACUUGUAUUCAAGAUGUUAAUUUUUCAAAGCUAUCUCGGA